UCGUGAACAAACUGAAUUAAGUAAUUUAAAAAAUUCGGUUUUUUAUACAUCCGAUUUUUUUAGCAUCACAAGUGCUUAGCACUAAACCACAAAACAAAUGUCAGAUAAAGAGGUACCGACAAAUGUCAGAUGGUACCCGAGUACCAUCGCUGUUGUCAAAUAUAAAUAAACACUAAGCUUAAAAUAUUUACGCUCAACGAGAAAGUUGCAUAUGUAUACAAUAGAUUUGAUUAAAUAAAACCGGCAGUUCAUGGAACUUGGAACAAAAGGACUCAAAUAAGGCUUGACAGCAAUGUUCAAUUUAUUGUGUAACGCCUAUUAUGUAUUAAUUAUUUUUCACAGAUUACACAGAUACGCAGCUCCUGGAUCGUUACAAAUGUUGCAGCUCCUGAAUUUGAAUGAUGACUGCCUCUAUAGUAUUUGUGCGUUCCUUGAACUGGAUGACCAGUUAUCAAUGAAAAACGCGUGUAGGCGUCUGGAUUUGGUAGUAAAGUUGUUAUGGCGUUAUCAAUGUAAAAUACUUUCAAUAACAUACACCCAAAUGAUGACAUUCAAAGAAGAGGGAAAGCAGAAUUUUGUUGAUCUGAUGACUUGUGUUUGUGACUCUUUGGAAGAGCUAAGCAUCGCCAAUAUCGAAAGCGCGCAACUAAGAUGGGUUGCUCACUUAAGAUUUCCUAAGCUAAAUUUUUUAGAAUGUAAUAUUUCUCACAACGAGAAUGGGGCCAAUGAUGACGACGUUCGUUUUGUUACGCAAAUGUGUCCUUAUAUUACUAAAUUGGUGCUAAUGAGUAGUACAACAGGCAAAUACAUAGUGAACUUGCACCUGCUCACUGAGUUAGAUCUGAGUUGUUGCAAUUAUCUGGAUACAGCUUAUUUGGCGGAAAUCUGCCAAACUUUGAAAUUGCGAAAACUUUCCUUACUUUAUUAUGGCUACAACACGUUGCUAGAUGAUGGAUUGUCCUCGAUCGCUAAUUGUCAUACGCUCGAAGAGCUGAAGAUCGACGAUCACCACCUAUUGCUCUUCAUCGAUGAACUGCUGGGAAUGCCACGCAUGCGUAAGAUCGUUUGCUAUACACGUGAUUAUGACGUCUUCUUAAUGGGAAAAUUGGCUCAGGCGCACGGCGUACGCAUACACACACUUAUUUUUAACAGUGUUCUUUGGUCAAACGAUCGCCAUGUCGCAUAUAUACGGCUGAUGCCAAAUUUGCAACGAUUCAUACUGCAGGAUGAUGACAUUGAGGACGAACAGCUCGAAAUUUUGGCCCAGUGCUUGAAUCAACUCCGAGAAUUCCAUUUCAGCAGCAGCCGCCUAGAAAGUGAUAAUGGAAUUUUGGACAUUGUGAAGCGGUGCAAAAAGUUAGAAGUACUAAAUUUAACAAAAUCGAAUAUUAGUGGGAACUUUUUGCAGAAAAUAGAUGCUGUUCUGAGUGAGACAAAGCGAGAUGGUCCUUUGAAAUUGUAUUGCGGCGAGACAGCGAUUGCUAAUGAACUCAUCUUAGAGAAUGAGCAGUUACUUGUUACGAUUGAGGAACCACUUUUGAAGUUGCCUUGUGGACGUUGCUUCCAAUGCGAAUGGUAAUCAUUACAUCAAAACAUAUGUACGUAUAUACACAUGCAUGUAAAUAAAGCU